AAAAAAGACAUAAUAAAUCCAAUCGCGUCUUUAAACAUAUUUCUUCACCUCCACAUCACCUGAUCACCAUCAUCAUCAUCAUCCCCUUUUUCCCCAAAAUCAAAACCCUAAAUCCACCAAAUUCACCCAUCGAUCCACCAAAUUGACUUAGGGUUUCACUCCACAACCACCCCAAUUUCAUCACCAUGUACAGCAACUUCAAAGAACAAGCUAUCGAGUACGUAAAGCAAGCCGUACAAGAAGACAACGCCGGAAAUUACGCUAAAGCUUUCCCUCUUUACAUGAACGCCUUGGAGUAUUUCAAAACUCACUUGAAAUACGAGAAAAACCCUAAGAUUCGAGAGGCGAUUACGCAGAAAUUCACCGAGUAUUUGCGCCGUGCAGAGGAGAUUAGGGCUGUUCUUGAUGACGGUGGCGCUGGACCCGCGGCCAACGGCGGCGAUGCGGCCGUGGCGGCCAGGCCGAAGACGAAACCUAAGGAUGGGGAAGGUGGAGGUGGAGGGGGAGAUGGUGAGGAGAAUUCGAAACUUAGGGCUGGAUUGAACUCUGCGAUUGUUAGGGAGAAACCUAAUGUGAAGUGGAGUGAUGUUGCCGGACUUGAGAGUGCGAAACAGGCGCUGCAGGAAGCGGUUAUUCUGCCCGUUAAAUUUCCGCAGUUCUUUACUGGUAAAAGGCGGCCUUGGAGAGCUUUUCUUUUAUAUGGUCCACCUGGGACAGGAAAGUCAUACUUGGCAAAGGCUGUUGCCACUGAAGCAGACUCUACAUUUUUCAGUGUAUCUUCAUCAGAUCUUGUUUCAAAGUGGAUGGGAGAAAGUGAAAAGCUGGUGUCAAAUCUUUUCCAAAUGGCUCGUGAAAGCGCACCCUCCAUUAUAUUUAUCGAUGAGAUUGACUCUCUAAGCGGUCAACGUGGAGAAGGCAACGAGAGUGAAGCUUCAAGGCGUAUUAAAACCGAAAUUCUUGUUCAGAUGCAGGGUGUAGGACACAACGAUGAUAAAGUUCUAGUACUUGCAGCAACAAAUACACCCUACUCUCUGGAUCAGGCUAUCCGCCGGCGUUUUGAUAAGCGUAUAUACAUUCCACUUCCGGAUUUGAAGGCCCGACAACACAUGUUCAAGGUGCAUUUAGGAGAUACACCAAAUAACUUAACUGAAAGUGACUUUGAGGCCUUGGCUCGUAAGACCGAAGGAUUUUCUGGUUCUGAUAUUGCCGUUUGUGUUAAGGAUGUUUUAUUUGAACCCGUACGUAAAACUCAGGAUGCCAUGUUUUUCGUUAACACAAAUGAUGGUUUGUGGGUACCAUGUGGUCCAAAACAACCCGGGGCUGUCCAAACCACCAUGCAGGAGCUUGCAGCACAAGGAUUGGCGGCGAAGAUUAGUCCACCACCGAUCAUGAGAGCAGAUUUUGACAAGGUGCUUGCGAGGCAGAAGCCGACUGUGAGCAAAAGCGACCUUGAGGUUCACGAGCGAUUCACAAAAGAGUUUGGGGAAGAAGGCUAAAAGAAUGGUGAGUUGCACCAAAUUAUUGUCAAUUGUAUUUUGCUACUUUGUUCUUUUGGAUUUUUAUUAUUGUUAUUAUUGUAUAAGAUAUUUCUACAAAAAAAUACCAUGUUUUUCUUCGGUACUAAUGAAGGUGUAAUUAACUUUUUACUUUUUUUUAUUGUGUCUUGACCAUGUAUGUAAUAAGACUUUUUUGUGAUA